CAAGACUUGUUUCUCAAGAAUGGUCCCAAAGUGAGAGUAGAAAUGCAAACAAAGAAUGCUUCUUAUUUAGCGAAUGUGUUGCAAACUUGCAUCGAUCAUAAAUCCCACAAAUUAGGAAAACUCGUCCAAGCUCAUAUCUUUCGUACAAAUCAGCUUUCCAACACUUUCCUUGUUAACCGCCUCAUCGAGCUCUACUCAAAAUGCGGCCACACUACCGCCGCUCGCCACCUGUUCGACCAAAUGCCUCUCAAAAACAUAUUCUCUUACCACGCUAUUUUAGAUUCUUACUGCAAAUUAAAUGACUUGGACAAUGCGUUUCAAGUGUUUGAUCAAAUGCCCGAGAGGAAUCCCGUUUCUUGGAAUUUGGUUAUUAGUAUGUUGUCGCGAAAUGGUCUCAAAGAAAAGGCCCUGGAGAGUUAUUUCUUUAUGAGGGUGAGCGGUUUUGUGCCGACUCAUUUCACCCUGGCGAGUGUUUUGAGUGCUUGUGGGGGGUUGGCCAAUUUGCGUUGCGGCAAGGAGUGUCACGGAGUUGCUAUCAAAGUUGGGCUCGACGGGAAUUUGUAUGUGGGGAAUGCGUUAUUGGGAAUGUAUAUGAAGUGUGAGUCUAUUGCAGAUGCGGUGGUGGUAUUUAAGGACUUGCCGGAGCAUAACGAGGUUUCGUUUACUGCAAUGAUGGAGGGGUUGGUGGAAGCUAAUCACAUCGACGAAGCAUUUGGCAUGUUUAGGUUAAUGCAUAGAAUGGGAACCGUAGACUGUGUAUCGCUGUCAAGUGUAUUAGGUGUUUGUUCCAAAAGUGCAGCCGAUGAGUUCCUUGUGAGUGAUGGCAGCGAGGAGAAAAGGUACAAAAUGCAUGGUAAACAAAUACACGGACUUCUUAUUAAACUCGGGUUUGAAAGUGACCUGCACGUAAACAAUUCGUUGCUUGAUAUGUACGCGAAGCACGGGUAUAUGGAGUGUGCAGAGAUGUUAUUCAACAGUAUGUCUGAAGUGAGUGUUGUUUCGUGGAAUGUUAUGAUAGCUGGAUACGGCAAGCAGUACGAUAUAGAAAGGGUAACGGAGUGCAUGCAGAGAAUGCAGAGUUGUGGAUUCGAGCCCGAUGACGUCACUUAUGUCAACAUGCUUGCUGCUUGUUUGAAAAGUGGGGAUGUUGAAACUGGGCUUCGGAUAUUUAAUAGUAUGUCAUUACCAAGUUUGACAUCAUGGAAUGCUAUACUCUCGGGCUUUUCACAGAACGAGUACCAUUGGGAGGCGGUCAUGCUUUUCAGAGAAAUGCAGUUCAGAAAGGUGAGACCCGAUCGAACGACUUUUGCUAUAAUUCUCAGUUGUUGUGCUGGAAUGGGGCUUUUAGAAGGUGGGAAACAAAUCCAUGCUUCCUUAUUGAAGAGUGACGUUUCGACAGACUUGUAUGUCGCCAGUGGAAUGAUUGGUGUUUACUCCAAAUGCGGUAAAAUAGAAGCGGCAAAACGCAUCUUCAAUACGGUUCCCCAGUACGAUAUAGUCUGUUGGAAUUCAAUGUUAUCAGGUUUAUCCCUUAAUUCGUUGGAUAAAGAAGCUUUUACUUUCUUUCAGCUAAUGCUAGGUAAAGGGAUGUCGCCGACUGAAUUUUCUUACGCUACUGUACUGAAUUGUUGCUCGUCGCUGUCAUCUCUGUCCCAAGGGAGACAAGUUCAUGGUCUGAUAGUGAAAAACGGAUAUGCAAACGAUGUUUAUGUAGGUACUGGUCUCAUCGAUAUGUACUGUAAGUGUGGUGAUGUGGAUGGGGCUAGACAAUUUUUUGAUACGAUGCCGUGUAAGAAUACUGUUACCUGGAAUGAGAUGAUACACGGUUAUGCUCAAAACGGGCGUGGAGAAGAUGCGGUUCGUUUAUUCGAAAACAUGAUUGAAGCUAGUUUCAAGCCUGACUGUAUAACAUUUGUUGCUGUUUUAACUGCUUGCAGUCAUUCUGGAUUGGUGGAUAUUGGAUUGAGAAUAUUCGAUACGAUGAUGCAAGAACAUGGUGUGGAGCCGGUUAGCGAUCACUACACUUGUGUUAUUGAUUCGUUGGGGCGAGCUGGCAGGUUCAAUGAAGUUGAGGAAAUUAUAGAUAAGAUGGGGUGCAAAGACGAUCCGAUUAUUUGGGAGGUGUUGCUCAGUUCUUGUAGGGUUCAUGCGAAUGUAAAGUUGGCAAGAAGGGCGGCUAACGAGCUGUUCAGACUGGACCCCACAAAUUCUGCGUCGUAUUCGCUUAUGGCGAAUAUGUAUUCGUCGUUGGAUAGAUGGGAUGAUGUGGAAGAUGUUCGAGGUGUAAUGGAAGAGCUGCAGGUCUCCAAGGAACCGGGUUAUAGCUGGGUUUGAACUUUGAAAAACGGCUGAAUUCGUCUAAUGAUGACUCAAAUCUUUGUUUCAUUGUCUGAUUCAUGUGCAAAAAAGAUGUCGUGCAUGCCAUGAAAUAUCUGUCCGUGUGGAAACCUAAGUUUAAGAAUGUUCGUAUUUGACUAA